AUGGAGUCACUCCUGCUGCCGGUGCUGCUGCUGCUGGCCGUACUGUGGACGCAGGCGGCCGCCCUCAUUAACCUCAAGUACUCAGUGGAAGAAGAGCAGCGUGCCGGGACGGUAAUCGCUAACGUGGCCAAGGACGCGCGAGAGGCGGGCUUCGCGCUGGACCCCCGGCAGGCCUCCGCUUUCCGUGUGGUGUCCAAUUCCGCUCCGCACCUGGUGGACAUCAACCCUAGCUCUGGCCUGCUGGUCACCAAGCAGAAGAUUGACCGCGACCUGCUGUGCCGUCAGAGCCCGAAGUGCAUCAUCUCUCUCGAGGUUAUGUCCAGCUCAAUGGAAAUCUGCGUGAUUAAGGUGGAGAUCAAGGACCUGAACGACAAUGCGCCCAGUUUCCCAGCGGCACAGAUUGAGCUAGAGAUAUCAGAGGCGGCCAGCCCCGGCACACGUAUCCCGCUGGACAGCGCCUAUGAUCCCGACUCUGGCAGCUUUGGGGUGCAGACUUAUGAGCUCACGCCCAACGAACUGUUCGGCCUGGAGAUCAAGACGCGUGGCGACGGUUCACGCUUUGCUGAACUCGUGGUGGAGAAAAGUCUAGACCGCGAGACUCAGUCGCACUACAAUUUUCGAAUCACUGCACUCGACGGCGGAGACCCGCCGCACUUGGGCACCGUGGGCCUCAGCAUCAAGGUGACUGAUUCCAAUGACAACAACCCGGUGUUUGGCGAGUCCACCUACUCGGUGAGCGUGCCUGAGAACUCGCCUCCCAACACACCCGUCAUUCGCCUUAAUGCUAGUGACCCAGACGAGGGCACCAACGGCCAGGUUGUCUACUCUUUCUAUGGCUAUGUCAACGACCGAACACGCGAGCUCUUCCAAAUCGAUCCACACAGUGGCUUGGUCACUGUCACCGGUGCCCUAGACUAUGAAGAGGGCCACGUGUACGAACUGGACGUUCAGGCCAAGGACCUGGGGCCCAACUCUAUCCCAGCACACUGCAAGGUCACCGUCAGCGUGCUGGACACCAAUGACAACCCACCGAUAAUCAACUUGCUGUCGGUCAACAGUGAGCUUGUGGAGGUGAGCGAGAGCGCCCCCCCAGGCUACGUGAUCGCCCUAGUUCGGGUGUCUGAUCGCGACUCAGGCCUCAAUGGACGAGUGCAGUGCCGUUUGCUGGGCAACGUGCCGUUUCGCCUGCAGGAGUAUGAGAGCUUCUCCACUAUCCUGGUGGACGGUCGGCUGGAUCGUGAGCAGCACGAUCAGUACAAUCUUACCAUUCAGGCGCGCGACGGCGGUGUACCUAUGCUGCAAAGUGCCAAGUCCUUUACAGUGCGCAUAACUGAUGAGAAUGACAACCACCCGCACUUCUCUAAGCCCUACUACCAGGUCAUCGUGCAGGAGAAUAACACUCCCGGCGCUUAUCUUCUCUCUGUGUCUGCCCGCGAUCCUGAUCUGGGUCUCAAUGGCAGUGUCUCCUACCAGAUAGUGCCGUCGCAGGUGCGGGACAUGCCUGUAUUCACCUAUGUCUCCAUCAAUCCCAAUUCGGGUGAUAUCUAUGCUCUGCGAUCCUUCAACCAUGAGCAGACCAAGGCAUUUGAAUUCAAGGUGCUGGCCAAGGAUGGUGGCCUGCCCUCACUGCAAAGCAACGCCACGGUGCGGGUCAUCAUCCUAGACGUCAAUGACAAUACCCCAGUUAUCACAGCCCCGCCAUUAAUCAAUGGCACUGCUGAGGUCUACAUCCCCCGAAACUCAGGCAUAGGCUACCUGGUGACUGUUGUCAAGGCAGACGACUACGACGAGGGCGAAAAUGGUAGAGUUACCUAUGACAUGACUGAGGGUGACCGCGGCUUCUUUGAAAUAGACCAGGUUAAUGGCGAAAUCAGAACCACCCGCACCUUCGGCGAGAGCUCUAAAGCUUCCUAUGAGCUUAUUGUGGUGGCCCAUGACCACGGCAAGACGUCUCUCUCAGCCUCUGCGCUGGUCCUAAUCUACCUUUCCCCGGCUCUUGAUGCCCAAGAGUCAAUGGGCUCAGUGAACCUAUCCUUGAUUUUCAUUAUCGCCCUGGGCUCUAUUGCUGGCAUCCUCUUUGUCACUAUGAUCUUCGUGGCAAUCAAGUGCAAGCGCGACAACAAAGAGAUCCGAACCUACAACUGCAGUAAUUGUUUAACCAUCACUUGUCUCCUCGGCUGUUUUAUAAAAGGACAAAACAGCAAGUGUCUGCAUUGCAUCUCGGUUUCUCCCAUUAGCGAGGAGCAAGACAAAAAGGCAGAGGAGAAAGUGAGCCUAAGGGGAAAGAGAAUCGCUGAGUACUCCUAUGGGCAUCAAAAGAAAUCAAGCAAGAAGAAAAAAAUCAGUAAGAAUGAUAUCCGCCUGGUACCCCGGGAUGUGGAGGAGACAGACAAGAUGAACGUUGUUAGUUGCUCCUCCCUGACCUCCUCCCUCAACUAUUUCGACUACCACCAGCAGACGCUGCCCCUGGGCUGCCGCCGCUCUGAGAGCACUUUCCUGAAUGUAGAGAACCAGAAUACUCGCAAUACCAGCGCCAACCACAUCUACCAUCACUCUUUCAACAGCCAGGGCCCCCAGCAGCCAGAUCUGAUCAUCAAUGGUGUGCCUCUGCCUGAGACUGAAAAUUAUUCUUUUGAUUCCAACUAUGUGAACAGCCGAGCCCAUUUAAUCAAAAGCAGCUCCACCUUCAAGGACCUAGAGGGCAACAGCCUGAAGGAUAGUGGACAUGAGGAGAGUGACCAGACUGACAGUGAGCAUGAUGUCCAGAGGAGCCUGUAUUGUGAUACUGCUGUCAAUGAUGUGCUGAAUACCAGUGUGACCUCCAUGGGAUCUCAGAUGCCUGACCAUGAUCAGAAUGAAGGAUUUCAUUGCAGAGAAGAAUGCCGGAUUCUUGGCCACUCUGACAGGUGCUGGAUGCCCCGGAAUCCCAUGCCCACUCGUUCCAAGUCUCCUGAGCAUGUGAGGAACAUCAUCGCGCUCUCCAUUGAAGCUACUGCUGCUGAUGUUGAAGCUUACGACGACUGUGGCCCCACCAAGCGGACUUUUGCAACCUUUGGGAAAGAUGUCAGCGAUCACCCAGCUGAGGAGAGGUCCACCCUGAAAGGGAAGAGGACUGUCGAUGUAACCGUCUGUAGUCCCAAGGUCAACGGCGCUAUCCGGGAGGCAGGCAACGGCUGUGAGGCGAUUAGCCCUGUCACCUCCCCCCUCCACCUCAAGAGCCCUCUGCCCACGAAGCCUUCCAUGUCUUACACCGUUGCCCUGGCUCCCCCGGCCCGUGAUCUGGAGCAAUAUGUCAAUAAUGUCAACAAUGGCCCUUCCCGUCCCUCUGAAGCUGAGCCCCGUGGAGCUGACAGCGAGAAAGUCAUGCAUGAGGUCAACCCCAUUCUGAAGGAGGGUCGCGACAAAGAGUCCCCUGGUGUGAAGCGUCUGAAGGAUAUCGUUCUCUAAACCAGUCUCUGGGAAGAAGAGAAAGAAACUACGCUGGCUAGCGAAGAUGUAGGAGCUACUCAUUUUAAUUGCUCACCAAUGGUUGGUUCUUGAGUGGCUAUAUUUCAGAGCUUUCCCUAAAUGUAUUGUUUAUAAAUGACUAUCAUUCUGUGACAAUCCCUCUCGUUUCAACAGGCAGCAGGGGUGUUCAGUUAGAGCAAAUUAGCUUUGGCUUGAGUUGUUCAUGGGGCCUUGAUGUUGGGGAAACAGACAAAUUCAGUUGUGAAAAGUAUUAUGUAUUAAGUGUUUGAAUUUAUAUAUUUUUCUAUGUCAAAAUUAUAAUAUAAAUUACCAUUGUUUGUGGAGGAUUACAUUUAAAAAAAAGCAAAAGAAAAAAAAAAGCUCUGGACACCUUUAAUAAGCUCGCCACUGUUUUUUGUAGUGUAGACAAGUUAAUGGUCAUUUAUUGUGUACUAUUCAUUGAUUCAGUGAUGUGAA